AUGCCACAGGAUAAGAGGCAUCGUCGUCUUUGGCCAAAAGAGUGUCAAACAAGAUCUGUGAGGGAGGUGCAGAAGUGGCGAAAAUUUCACAGCGGACCUGCGACUUCUCUACUAACCAUGGACAUAGAAUCUGAAGAGGCGCUAGUACUGUUGCUCGUUGAGGACAUAAUAAAUCUACGUAAUUUGUGUCUUCUGCUUGCGUACGUUUACAUUAAGCUGGUGGUUCAACCAAGACAACAUCGUAGAGUUAGACAACAUGCAUUGAACAACUUCGCAUGGAUCGAAGUUGCUUUGGGCGUUUAUGCUACUUGUUGGCGGCCUGCAGAACACCAGAGAUAUUCAAAUAACAAAUUCUUCCACAAUGUACUUCAAGUCGUCUUGCGCUUGCACACCAUCCUCGUUGUCGGAAGUAGCCCUGUAACCGAUUCAUGCACAGAUUGGAGAUGGAGAUGGUUUAAGGGAUGCUUGGGAGCGUUGGAUGGAACCUAUGUUCCCGUGCGUGUUCCUGUACUCCUACACCCACAAUAUCGAAACAGAAAAGAUUGUAGGAUUUUACGAGACUUCGUUCACCGAGAAGGGGGUCUUCGUGUACUAACUGGGAACUAUUACCUCUGCGAUGCCGGCAACACAAACGGUCCGGAAUUCUUGGCUUCAUAUAGGGGUGUGCGGUAUCACUUACAUGAGUUUGGUGAGGUGAUGGAAUCCACCGGUAGUGGGGGACGCAAUUCACAGGCCAACGGACAACGUCGAGUUUGGUAUUUAGACGAGGAAAGUGCAUUAAUUCAAGGUUUGUGCGAUCUUGUUUCGCGGGCCUGGAAAUGCGACAACAGAUUUCGCUCAGGAUACACCAACAUAUUAGAGCAACAUAUGGCCCAAUAUUUCCCAGGUACUAACAUAAAAGUCAAACCACACAUAUCAUCAAAGAUUACGGUUUGGAAAAAGCAUUAUGGUCAGAUAUUGGGAAUGCUUGGAAGUUCGGGUUUCGAAUGGAGUGAAACGGGAAACAUGAUUGUUGUGAAGGAUGAUGCCGUUUGGCAAGCCUACAUCAAGGCUAAUCCAAAGGCCAAGACAAUGUGUUAUAAAUCUUGGCCCUUUUAUGGUGAUUGGGUGGAAAUAUUUGGCAAGGACCGGGCUACGGGAGAGGGGGCACAAGGUUUCACUGACGCGGUUAAUGGUGUGUUACAUAAAACAAACGUCCAUGCACCUAGCCCUAUCCUAACUGAAGACUUCCCGGAACAUUGUGACGACCCUGAAAUAACAUGGACUCUUUUUCGGCCCAAGCGGGUGAGAGUAGUGCAUCCGUGUGCUCAAACGGACGACGUAUACAUGGCACCCGUCCUGAAAUUGUUUUGGUUCGGACUCUCCCAUCAGUUAUCGGAGCUUAUGCAGAAGGACUUUUCGUGGAUGAAGCUGUGGAACUUAAGCGUGGCUGCACAAUGGGACAUCGAGAGUAACCCAGGUCAGACUUUGCAGAAUCCAAUUUGUCUAGAUGAUACUAACUCUGAUGUGUUGUUGGAAGAUAUCAUGGAGGAUGAUUUUGAAGUCCAGCAGCAAGUUCAAAGCCCAAUCCAAGAAGAUCCACUUCCUAUGGGACCGAAUGAUAUGGAUGACGAUCAUGAGUCGGAUGUGGACUCAUGCGUCGACUCCAACUAA